AUGCAGACCCCCGAUUCAUCGGCACAUCUGUCCACACAGUACCGAGCAGAUCCCAUCACCCCGCCGCCAUCCCACUCCCCUCGGCUGCACCCAGAACUCAACGCGUCCGCGGCAUCAUCGGUCCAGGGCAUCGACGGUCGGCUAUCAUCCGUCUUGUCUGUCUCAAGCCGAGCCAGGACAGGCACCGAGACUCAAAUACACAGCAUCAGGGCCAUGGAUCCCGCCAUCCAGCGUGCUCUGAACGAUAAGCUGUAUGAUAAGCGCAAGGUUGGCGCUCUAGAGCUAGAACGCGUCAUCCGAGAGCUUGUUGCCCAGAAGGACUACCCGCGUGUGGAGGCCGUCCUCGAUCAGCUCUGCAACGACUUUGCUUAUGCCGUCCAUCAGCCUCAUGCACGGAACGGGGGUUUAAUAGGUCUGGCGGCAGCUGCAAUAGCUCUUGGUCCGGAACUCGCUAGAUACCUCGAAGUCAUUGUCCCCCCUGUUCUCGCCUGCUUCACUGACCAGGAUGCUCGCGUUCGUUACUACGCCUGCGAGGCCAUGUACAACAUCGCCAAGGUCGCAAAGGGCGAGAUCUUGAUCUACUUUAACCACAUCUUUGACGCCCUCUGCAAGUUGGGUGCCGACUCUGAGCUGUCUGUCAAAAACGGAGCUGAGUUGCUUGAUCGUCUCAUCAAAGACAUCGUCUCUGAGUCCGCCGCCACAUAUGUAUCCGUUCUGGAGCAGCCUCCUCCAUACCGGGAGGACGACAAAGACGGCCCCGACGACUCGGUCGAGCUCCCUACAGCCUUCUCCCUGAAACGCUUCAUUCCGUUGCUCAGAGACCGCAUUUGGGCACUCAACCCUUUCACACGGACCUUUUUAGUUGGCUGGAUCAUUUUGCUUGAUUCCAUUCCAGACUUGGAGCUCGUCACAUAUUUGCCAGACUUCCUGGCUGGUCUCUUGCGCUUCCUGAGCGACUCAAACCGAGACGUGCACGUCGCCACUCAGGGCUGCUUAGACAAGUUUCUCAACGAGAUCAAGCGGAUUGCCCGUAUCAAGAAGGGCAUUGCCGAGAGCAAAAAGUCGAAAGAGGCGAAGCGCAAGCGGGUCGACUCGGCCGAGAGUGGCAGCGUGCGGCCCCAGCUCGAGGACGGCGAAGAAAUCGACUCUGAGACGGCCGCCGACGACGAUGAUGUCGAGAGCGAAGAUGACUGGGUCCCAGGCCAGGACGUUCAGAUCAACCACAAGGCCAUCCUGGAGAUCUUGACUGCCACUCUUGAUUCGCCAUUAGGUAUGCACGAUUUGCUACGUGCGACAACACCCAGAGUGACAUCGCUGAUUGAAGUUGCAGAAGAAGAUGGCUUGUUAGAGUCGCUGCGUUGGAUCGUCGAAUUCCUCGACAUAUGUCCAGAGGAAGUGCUCCCCUUUACGCCUAAGAUACUGGCCCAUCUCCUGCCGGCCAUGGCUAGUGGUGUGGAGUCGAUCCGCCAGGCUGCUGGGAGGGUCAACACUUCUCUCAUCGACUAUGUGGUCUCCUUGUCUGACGAACCAGAACUGGCGAUGCCGCCCCCGUCUCGGAUACCUGCUCCCCCGCCGCCAGUAGGCGAGCGGCAAGAGAGUAACGGUACCAACAGCGCUCGCGCGUCCUUGUCCGGCUCGAGAGACCUCGAGAUCCGGAGCCCCACGCCGGCUCAAGGGAGGGCCAUGACCCAGACACCAAUACCUGAUGUACCGGCCCAGCCUCAGCCGGACCUUGACUACGCCGCGGCGGUGAACUCGCUGACGCUGCUUUUCUUGAACGACCAUGAAGCCACCCGUGUCGCUGCACUGACAUGGCUGAUCAUGCUCCACCGCAAGGCGCCCGGAAAAGUGCUCGCGUUCAACGACGGGACGUUCCCAGCCUUGCUCAAAACACUUUCGGACCCCGCCGAGGCGGUCGUCACAAAAGACCUGCAGCUGCUCUCGCAAAUAUCGAGGAACAGCGAGGACGAUUACUUUACCAACUUCAUGGUCAACCUGCUCCAGCUCUUCUCAACAGAUCGGAAGCUCCUUGAGACGCGGGGAAACCUCAUCAUCCGCCAACUCUGCACCAGCCUCAGCGCUGAGCGCAUAUACCGGACCCUGGCCGACUGCAUUGAGAAGGAGGAAGACGUCGAGUUUGCUAGCAUCAUGGUUCAAAAUCUCAACAACAAUCUGAUAACUGCGCCCGAGCUCGCCGAGCUCAGGAAACGUCUGCGUAACCUUGAAACAAAGGAUGGUCAAACAUUUUUCGUUGCGCUGUUUCGGUCGUGGUGCUAUAACGCGGUCGCCACCUUCUCGCUCUGCCUGCUCGCGCAAGCAUAUGAGCAGGCUUAUAAUCUUUUGCAGAUAUUCGCGGAACUCGAAAUGUCCGUCAACAUUCUCAUCCAGAUAGAUAAACUCGUGCAGCUUCUCGAGUCACCCGUGUUCACUUAUUUGAGACUGCAGCUCCUCGAACCCGAGCGGUACCCGCACCUGUACAAGUGCCUGUACGGCCUGUUGAUGCUCCUUCCGCAGUCCUCGGCCUUUGCCGCCCUUAAGAAUCGUCUCAAUAGCGUCAGCUCAAUUGGGUACCUGCAUAUUGCGCCGAGGUCCAACGCAACAACACCCAACGUCUCCACUUUUGAUCGCCCAAACCGCCUCAAGGGCCGGGAAGAAGGUAUCAUCCGCUGGGGUGAACUGCUCGAGAAGUUCCGCGCCGUGCAGGACCGCGCCCGGAGAGUGCGUAUGGUAGGUAGUGGGGGAGGGGGAAGCGGCGAUCUAGAUAACGCCGCAGCCGGCGUCGGGGACCUGCGGCUCCAUGACGGCGGUUCGGCGGACCCGACGAGAGGGUUUUCUGGGCUGGAUGGAGGUGCGGGAGGAGGCGUAGGAGCAGGAGGAGCAGGCGGGGGUCCCGGCAGAGGAGGAGGGCUGCGAGGAACGCUGCCUCUGAUGAAUGUGAAAGAAACGGCACCGCAAGCUGCUGGAAAGUCGGAGACGCCGGCGUCAUCGAAGCCCCGGACGGGUCUGGGGAGGCAGUUUGGACGAUUGGGAGGGGCUGUGUCUGGGCGAGGCAAGCGCGCCUAAGUUACUUAUUUGCACAUCCCUGUUUUCCGUUUUUCCCCCCCGGUUUAAAGCCGUGGUUUUUGGUCUUUUUUUCGAUGUGAUUUCCCUUCCCUUCCCUUCCCUUUCCUUUCCUUUCCUUUCCUUUUCUCUCCUCUCCUCUCCUCUCCUCUCCUCUCCUCUCCUC